UACGUGCUUUCCCGUGAUAUUCCCCUUAAUUAGCCCCCCCAUCUCUCUUUCAUCUUCCCCUCUCUCUCUUUCUACAGUUGAUCAAAUCUGAAGAAAUAAUUUUCCCCUUGUAAUCCUUUUCUUCUUCUUCUUCAUCAGGUAAUAAUCAGUGGCUUUAACACUCAAAUUGGAUAGAUAUUCGAUCGAUUUGGUGAAUCUGAUGGAACCAAUGGUUGUAGAGAUGUCAUCAACGGUGAUCUCGAAUCCUGUAACGUCAUCUAACAGAGUAAUAUCAAGGAGAAAAAAGAAUAAGAAAAGUUUGAGAAAUCAAACUCAGAACAUCAACAACAACAACAACAAUAACAAUAACAGUGAUAAUACUCCAAGCAGUACUACUACUGAAUGGAAAACACAAGCCCAACAACAAGUUUACUCAUCAAAGCUACUCAAAGCACUCCGUGAAGUUCGAAUCAGUCCACCAGCACCAACAGCUCCAAAAGGGGGUCGAGCCGUACGAGAAGUGGCUGACCGAGUCCUUGCUGUUACAGCUAAAGGACGAUCCAGGUGGAGCCGAGCUAUACUUACAAACAGGCUCAAGCUCAAGUUCAUGAAGAAACACGCCAAGCGCCAGAAAGUGGCUGCUUCGUGUACUACAAGCCGGAUAACUAGAAAGCCCAGAGUUGGGAUAUUGAAGCUGAAAACUAAGAAUUUACCGGCUUUUCAGAAAAAGGCGAGAGUUUUAGGAAGGCUUGUUCCUGGUUGUAGGAAACAACCAUUGCCUGUGAUUCUUGAUGAAGCAACUGAUUAUAUUGCGGCUCUUGAGAUGCAAAUUAGAGCUAUGAGUGCUUUAGCUGAUCUCCUUUCUGGUGCUUCAACCUCUAGUACUACCACUGCGAGCCAACCUCCACCUAGUUGAUCAUUUAUUGUUUUCUUGGUUUUUUUAUUUUUGUCUAAUUUUCUUCUUCUCCCUUUCUAUGAAAUAUGAAUAUUCCUCUGUUACAUA